AUGGAUCUUGUCAUGGUUUCACGAGUCCGUAAUCGGUGGAUUUUCUUCGUCAUCUUUGUGGUCCUUCAUCGCUCCCUCAGUGUCUCAAUGAUGCGUUCUACCUCUCUUGACACUGCCAAGUAUUCCAACUACACUUGCACGGAAAUCAACAAUUUCGGAACAGACAUUUCAUCGGCUAUUGGAGUGAUCAGAUACCUAUACAUCAUCAACACCAUCAUAUUCAGUUUCAAGAUCGUUUUGUGCGGCAGUAUUCUUCUCUUUUACUUCGGACUCAUGCCAGAAGCCGAUCUUCUCUCGUCGGCCUCAUUUUGCAACAUUUACGCAUUGAUGUCAUCUUUGUCCGCAAUCUUGAGACUCAUCUGGAACUACAAGGGACUUUCUGUGAUUAUGACGUUUCUCACAGAAAAGGACCCAAAAUUUUGCAAAGAUAUGCCUUCCUGGAUGGCGUCCAAUUUGACUAAAAUGGCUUAUUCUGUCGUUCUCUUGAUUGUUGAAUUUGGAUUGCUCCUCAGAGAACAAGAGGCGAUGGCUGAUUACCUCAAGCAUUGGACCGACGUCCGUAAUGUCCGGAGACAAGAGGAGAACACGCCAAAUGAAAAUUGUUUUUUAGUAAUGGACGGGGAACGCCUUUCGAGACAAUUUCGGAAGGUGUUGCUGACAUUGUUUUUGGUGAUUGUGGUAAUCAAAACGAUGAACUUAUCGACAUUGAAGAACGACGAUGCAAUUGAAGAGACAUCCAAGAGUUUUUUGUUCCAUGACGUGUUUCACUGCAAAUCUUAUGGCACGGAUCCAUCUAUUCGCUUCGAAAAUGACGAGUCUAGUGAAAUGAAGCCACCCGUCAUGUUGGAUUUGAAUAUGUUUUUAAUGAAUAUUCCAAGAAACAACAACAUUCAAGUGGGUGGCGAAAUUUUAAGAGAGGAUGAAUCGCUAUCCAGAAACGACAUGGAAUUGAAUCGCGACAACGAAUAA